AUGGGCGACAAGCUGCCGGCGCCCGCGACGGCGCCUGACUCAAACUCAAACGCAAUUGCCUCCUCCGACCUCGAGGCGCAUUCCCCGACCGAGGCCCAGAAGGCCAGCGAACCUCCCUCGACCAAGUCAUCCCUCGCCGACGAGAUCGACCUCUCCUACGCUUAUGUUUCUCUCCUCCUCUACUGCCUCGUGUCUGGCCUGUCCGACAGCGUCGCCUUCAACGCCGCCGGCGUCUUUGUCAGCAUGCAGACCGGCAACACCAUCUUUUUGGCCCUCGGCGCCUCGCACUUACCGGCCGGCCAGCCGCGUCUCUGGCUCAAGGCCCUUGUGUCCAUCGCCUGCUUCCAGCUGGGCGCGUUGGCCUUCUCGCAGUUCCGCCGCCUGGGCUCGCAGCAGCGCAAGGUCAUCCUCUUUGUCACCUGCCUCCUCCAGGCCAUCUUUGUGAUCCUCGCCGCCGCCCUCGCCCAGGCCUCCGUCAUCCCUGCGUUCGCCGACUCCCGCCUCAGCACCGUCUCCGAGUCGGCCCUCCGCGAAGCCCAGGCCAACGACUACGUCAUCUUGUGCCCCGUUGCGCUGCUGGCGUUCCAGUUUGGCGGCCAGAUCUACACCAGCCGCGUCCUCGGCUACGGCGAGGUCCCCACCAACGUCCUGACCUCGCUCUACUGCGACCUCUUCUCGGACCCAAAGUUGUUCGUGUCCGUCCGCGCCAACGCGAAGCGCAACCGCCGCAUCGCCGCGGCCGUCUUGACUCUCGUGGGCGGCAUUGCCGGUGGCUGGCUGCAGCGCAGCAGUGCGGGCAUGCCGGGCGCCCUGUGGAUUGCUGCUGCCCUGAAGGUGGCCAUUGCUGUCGCCUGGCUGGUCUGGCCAGCCAAGAAGGCAGAUACUGCGUAG